GUUUCCUUUUCACAAUUGCUGGCAAGCAGUGUACCAAUAGAACUGCAAAGCCAGUUUUAGUGUAUUUUUGGCAACAUAGAUUUACUCUUGUGUGUUCUUGCUCUGAACUGUCUUCCCAGCCUCCCAGAGGGUCCACUCUGUUGCUGCUCCUGUCUCUACCACCCAAUUCUCUUCCAGCACCCUGAAAAUACCAAGCUAUCCCCCUGCUCCAAAAAACAGAGGAGAGACCUUGCAGCAGUGAGCAAAUAUUUCCCAUAUGACGCCCCAACAGCAUGUGAAAUCAAUGGAUAUCUCCAGAGUGGGCAAGGAAAACGAUUAUAUUGAGGUGUACACAGAUCCUGGACCUUUUUUUUAAUUGAAUAAUCUGUAUCCUGCUGACCAAGAAACCAAUUUUGAGUUCUCCUUUUUUGUUGUGGUGGUUUUUUUAUCCUUCCCCAUUGGAAGAGCUCAGUAGUGGCUCCCUGUUCACUUCAAUGUCAGUUUGCUGCUAAUGGGUGUAAGUAAAUUAGAUGUCUUAUACAGAAAGCUCCUCCUCACUAAACUUUUCAUUAGAGGAUGGGGAAAGCCAGAGGAUCUGAAAAGAAUAUUUGAAUUCAGAAAGAUUAUUGGAAACAGGGAAACAUGCCAGACUCUGGUUUCAAAAGAUUAUCCAGUGUUUAUUGACAAGGUUGAGGGGCAAUCCGACUGUAAAAUCCUUGAGGGGCACUUCAUUUCCCCCUUGGCACAUUGUGUCCCAGGUAUACUGCCAGUCGAAUCUCUUGUAGCAAGAUUUCAGUUCAUCAUACCCAGAAGAUGGAACAGCAAGCACAGACCUGUGUGCAUUCAUUUAGCAGGCACUGGAGAUCAUCACUUCUGGAGGAGACGGACACUAAUGGCAAGGCCAAUGAUUAAAGAAGCCUGUAUGGCUUCCCUGUUGCUAGAAAACCCUUAUUAUGGCUGUAGAAAACCUAAGAAUCAAAUACGGUCAUGUUUAAAAAAUGUCUCGGACCUGUUUGUGAUGGGAGGAGCUCUAAUUCUAGAAUCGGCAGCUCUUUUGCACUGGCUAGAGAGAGAAGGCUAUGGACCGCUAGGGAUGACUGGAAUAUCCAUGGGAGGACAUAUGGCUUCACUGGCAGUGACAAACUGGCCUAAACCAUUGCCAUUGAUUCCGUGUCUUUCCUGGUCAACAGCUUCUGCAGUCUUUACUACGGGUGUGUUGAGCAAGGCAGUGAACUGGAGAGAGCUCGAGAAACAGUAUUUUACACAAACUGUUUAUGAAGAAGAAAUAAUUCAAAUGCUUGAAUACUGUGGAACAGAUUCUUUCAAGAUGGGACAAGAUUUUGUUAAAAACUUCCCUGAUAGUGUGCACAGUCUGGAGGAUAUGGAUGUUACCUCCAGGAUGUUCAACCUCGAGUCCAUGAGCACUACGGUAUCUAAAGAAGCUGUUCACAGCUUUACCACAAAUAAAAGUACUCUAAGUGCCUCUUCAGAAAGACUCUUAAUACAAGAUGCUCCUAAAAUGCAGUGCAUAAAUCAAACAUUUUCAACCAGUAGCAGUAGCAAUAAAAACUUAACUGGCCCACAAGGACGCAGGAUAAAUACAAGAAGAAAGAGUGACACUUUACAGAGAGAAUCCAUAAGGUUCAUGAAAGGAGUAAUGGAUGAAUGUACCCAUGUAGCUAACUUCUCAGUUCCAGUUGACCCAAGUUUAAUCAUAGUUGUACAAGCCAAGGAGGAUGCAUAUAUUCCUCGUACUGGGGUGCGCAGUCUUCAAGAAAUCUGGCCGGGGUGUGAAAUUAGGUAUCUGGAUGGAGGUCAUGUCAGUGCCUACCUCUUCAAACAAGGACUCUUUAGACAAGCAAUUUACGAUGCGUUUGACCGGUUUCUUCAGAAAUACGCUGUUUGAAAAAUCUUCAUAAUGCAUUCAAACUGAUCUCAUUUGUAACUCAGUGUACUGGAACUCGUAUUUGGAAAACAAGCUGCUUGCAAAAUUGAGUAGCCACUGACUUUGGCUGUUGUAGGUAACAAUAACUGGAAAUGGUGAAGUACCAGCAUUACUUUCAUUUCAACCCAGUGCCAUUCUGACACAGCUGCUUCAGCAUUACCUGUGAAAAAUCAAUGGCAGCGUUUGUCAGCAUUCAUGUACUUUGUGUCUAAUCAGGUUGUGUAUUCCUUGAAUUCUGAAUCAAUUCUGAAUUGUGUGUCAGUGGAAAAUAGACCAAUCUAAGUAUUGAAAGAAUGUAAAAUGCGCUGUAUGGCUAAGCUGCUCUCUUGUGUUUAGUGUAUUUCUGGUUUGUUCCAUAUGCCUUGGUUUCCUCUUGCUUCCUUGUGCCCUUGCUACUCCCAUUGUAUUUUACUACAGCUUUGCCAGUGCUCAGCCUCGUGUGUUUGUCACUGGUUUUCUCUUCAAUUAUGAAUUGAAAAUGAGCUGUAAUAGGAGGGGCAGCAUCUAAUCUUGCAAAAAGAGACUGACAAUUCAAUGAAAAGUGAGAGACGUUUUCAUUCAAUACAUCCUUGAAGUUUUUCUGCCACUGAAAUAACCGUGCCGUUCCAGAAGGAUCAUGUAGCAAUUCAUCAGUCAGGUUCACAAAACUGGAAUAAGUGAAAAUCAACUGUCUGUUUAUUAAUUCUUUACAUUAAUUCAGUUGGAUAACAAAAAUUUCUAGUUUUUUUUUUAAAGAAUGGUAGAAGAGAUAGAGAUUUCAUCAUUUACAGUGGCUGCUUUUAGGCAAUUAAAUCAAUAGCAGAUUAUAUGGUGCUAUGAAGACCUGCUGGGAAUAUUUCAACAGAAGUCCUUUUUAAAGUACACUCAGUGCUGAUAUGCAAAAUACACUUUCAUUGUAUAAUUUAAAAAAUACAUGAGACUAAAUGUUUUUAAAA